GCCGCCGCCUCCGCCGGAGCGCGGGUGGAGGGGGGCGGGGAGAGCUGCCGGCCGCCCCGCUCCGCCGAGCCCAGCAGGAAGGAGGGCGCGAGCGGGCGAGCGCGGGCGGCGUGAGCGGAAAAAGCGCCCUUGCUGGGGAACGAGAAGAAGGAAAGAAAGAAAGAAAACGAGCGCGAGAGGGGAAAAGGGAGCGAUUGAGGAGCGCGCGCGCGAAAACUCCCGGCAGCACUUUCAUUUGGAUCCUUGGAUGCCCAUUGAUGGUUGCUUGAGACCUGCAAGUAAUCUUCAGAUCAUAGCAGAACUGUAAGGCCUGUUCUUUGGGGAGGAGAUAGUCUGUGUGCUAUGGAAAUGAACGGGGAGCAGCAGCUUGAUGCAGAUGCCGGAUCUGGUGUGGAAGAAGUGGAAUUAAGCUGGGAAGAUUAUCUAGAAGAGACAGGGUCCACAGCAGUUCCUUAUGGAUCUUUUAAACAUGUGGACACACGCUUACAAAAUGGAUUUGCUCCUGGGAUGAAACUGGAGGUGACUGUGAAAACAGAUCCUGAAACUUACUGGGUUGCCACCAUCAUUACUGCCUGUGAGCAGUUGCUCCUCCUCCGCUAUGACGGCUAUGGGGAGGACCGGAGAGCGGACUUCUGGUGUGACAUCAGGAAGACUGACCUCUACCCCAUUGGGUGGUGUCAGCAGAAUAAGAAGACCCUGGAAGCUCCGGAAGGCAUCAGAGAUAAGGUUUCUGAUUGGGAUGAGUUCCUGCGCCAGACUCUGAUAGGAGCAUGUAGUCCUCCUGUUCCGCUGCUAGAGGGCCUCCGUAAUGGGAGGAAUCCUUUAGAUCUUAUUGCUCCAGGUUCCAGGCUAGAAUGUCAAGCUUUCCAGGACUCUUUAAGCGCUUGGAUUGUUACUGUAGUAGAAAACAUUGGGGGAAGGCUGAAGCUACGUUAUGAAGGCCUUGGAAGUUCUGACAAUUUUGAACAUUGGUUGUAUUACUUGGAUCCAUUUCUUCAUCAUGUUGGUUGGGCAGCUCAGCAGGGAUAUGAACUUCAGCCCCCAUUAGCCAUCAGACAUCUCAAAAAUGAAACUGAGUGGCAAGAGAUUUUGGCCAAAGUGAAAGAGGAGGAGGAAGAGCCAUUACCAUCUUACUUAUUUAAGGACAAACAAGCAAUUGGGAUGCAUUCGUUCUCUGUAAAUAUGAAAUUGGAAGCUGUGGAUCCCUGGUCUCCUUUUGGGAUCUCUCCUGCUACAGUUGUUAAGGUUUUUGAUGAGAAGUACUUUCUGGUGGAAAUGGAUGAUUUGCGACCAGAGAAUCAUACAAGGCGAUCUUUUGUGUGUCAUGUCGACAGUCCUGGUAUUUUCCCUGUGCAGUGGAGUCUGAAGAAUGGUUUACACAUUAGCCCCCCUCCUGGCUAUUCAGGCCAGGACUUUGAUUGGGCUGACUACCUCAAACAGUGUGGUGCUGAAGCUGCUCCCCAGAAGUGCUUCCCUCAGUCAAUUUCUGAGCAUGAAUUUAAGGAGAACAUGAAGCUUGAGGCGGUGAACCCCCUUCUUCCUGAGGAAGUGUGUGUUGCCACCGUUACUGCAGUGCGAGGAUCCUACCUGUGGCUCCAGCUGGAGGGUUCUAAGAAGCCCAUACCGGAAUGUAUUGUGAGUGUGGAAUCCAUGGAUAUAUUUCCUUUGGGCUGGUGUGAAACCAAUGGCCAUCCCCUCAGCACUCCUCGUCGAGCACGAGUACAUAAGCAGAGGAAAAUUGCAGUGGUUCAACCUGAAAAACAAAUACCAUCUUCAAGGACUGUCCACGAGGGUUUGAAGAACCAGGAGCUGAACUCCACUGACUCAGUUAUGAUUAAUGGAAAAUAUUGCUGUCCAAAGAUAUACUUCAACCACCGUUGCUUCUCAGGGCCAUACCUUAACAAAGGACGAAUCGCUGAGCUGCCUCAAUGUGUAGGACCUGGGAACUGUGUCCUGGUCCUCAGAGAGGUCCUCACACUACUUAUCAAUGCAGCCUAUAAACCCAGUCGUGUCCUUCGGGAGCUGCAGCUGGACAAAGACUCUGUGUGGCAUGGAUGUGGGGAAGUCCUAAAAGCCAAAUACAAAGGAAAGAGUUAUCGAGCUACUGUUGAAAUAGUGAAAACAGCAGAUCGGGUGACUGAAUUCUGCCGGCAAACGUGUAUCAAAUUGGAAUGCUGUCCCAAUCUGUUCGGUCCACGGAUGGUUCUGGAUAAGUGUUCUGAGAACUGCUCUGUACUUACAAAGACCAAAUACACACACUAUUAUGGAAAGAAGAAAAGUAAAAGAAUUGGGAGGCCACCUGGUGGGCAUAGUAAUUUAGCGUGUGCCCUGAAAAAAGCCAGUAAGAGGAGAAAGAGGCGGAAAAAUGUUUUUGUUCAUAAGAAGAAACGCUCCUCUGCAUCUGUUGAUAAUACCCCAGCGGGCUCUCCCCAGGGAAGUGGGGGUGAAGAUGAGGAUGACCCAGAUGAAGGAGAUGACGAUUCCCUAAGUGAGGGCAGUACUUCUGAGCAGCAGGACGAGCUGCAGGAAGAGUCAGAAAUGUCAGAAAAAAAAUCAUGUUCCUCUUCUCCCACACAAAGUGAGAUAUCCACAUCACUGCCUCCAGACAGACAAAGGAGAAAAAGAGAGCUUCGCACUUUUUCAUUUUCUGAUGAUGAGAAUAAGCCUCCUUCACCAAAGGAAAUAAGGAUUGAAGUUGCUGAAAGGCUUCACCUGGACAGUAACCCCCUGAAAUGGAGUGUAGCAGAUGUGGUGCGGUUCAUCAGAUCCACUGACUGCGCUCCCUUAGCGAGAAUAUUCCUAGACCAGGAAAUUGAUGGGCAGGCCCUGCUGCUCCUUACCCUUCCCACUGUUCAAGAGUGCAUGGACUUAAAAUUAGGCCCUGCCAUCAAACUUUGCCAUCACAUAGAGAGGAUCAAGUUUGCUUUUUAUGAGCAGUUCGCCAACUGAGAAGGACAACCAAAGUAAGCUGUAUCUUUGAAGCACAAAUGCAGCAUAUCCUUCGCCUGCUCUGUCAGUGAAGCUGAAUUAGUCCUGGGGCCCUGGGCCCUGCAGGUGUGGACUUGCUCUCUUUGCACUUUCAGGGAAGGAGGACCCACGGUGAGGAGGCAAAAACUGCACAGAAGUGGCUCUUCUGCCAGUGGAAAUGUGGGCAUCUCUCAUUCAGCAGAUUGCAGUUUUUAAAAAAUAAACGUUGUGAAGACUCACAUAAGAAAAAUAAGCAUUUCCAGUGGUGUGACCUAAACGAAGAAUAAUCUAGGCUGCUGGAAAGCACCCUUUUGGUUGUUUUUGUUCUGUUCCCUCCCAUUGUAGAUUGAACUUUGUUCUCUCCUUUCUCUUUCUUGGAAAGAGAGGACGUAGCUUUAAGUCAGCAACAGUUUGGGACCGUGCCUAAGGCAAAGCAGCGCUUCAUUGUCAUUGUGUUUUUGAGCUUUUUAAAAUUAAAAAGGUUCCUUUUGGGGAUGAUUAUGUGGCUCUAGGAUUUUGAAUGUUCAGUCACACUUUGAUCCAGUUUAAAAUUUGUUUUUAGGAGUUCCUUUGUUAACUACCUCUGUUGUUAAUUGUGUUUGCAGCCAUGUGUGAGGAUUUUUUGUAUGAUGUCAUUUUUAAGCUACAUGAACACUAAAAGUAAGGCAGAAGUUGAGGGGGGGGGGACAUUGUUUUCUCAAAAACAUUGUGUGAGCACUUAUACCAGUUUUUUAACUGACCUGAUCUAAGGACUCCACUGGCAUUGUUUUCCAUCUUGACUCAACUUGGCCUACGUGUUUUAAAAAGUAUCACAAAGAUUGUUGGUAUUUAAGUUUAAUUGUUCUCUCUGCCUUAGUUUUCAGAGGGAUUUAAGUGGCUUUUAUUUUGUGUUUACUUUUCUUCACAGUUGUUGAUCUGUUUCAUCUCUACAGUCCUUACUUUGUCUAAAAAUCAGUAGGUAUAUCUUGGACUCAUGGUUAAGUCCAUUUCCCCUCCUUUCUCCAUGUCUUCAGGCAGAGAGUGUAGAAGCACAACAGAAGAAACAGGUUUUGGGAGGUUAUGCAAAGCAUGGAGCUUCUGUAACUAUUUCCUCAGAUGGCUAAGUAAAGAUUGAGAGGUGGUUAAGGAUUCUGGAAACAUCUUUGCCUAGUCAGGUUUACAAUUUUCUUUAGUUGAAUCUUUAAAUUGACUGUAAUCUAUAGUCUGAGGAUUCCCACUCAAUAACUGAGUUUUCUUUUAGGUGUUUCUUAAUCCAGCUCAAGGUGACAUGAAGUUCCAGGAGAUUGUCAGUUAUGAUUGCACUGCUAGCUAUUAUAGAAUAAUAGCAUUUGCUAUACUGUUCCAGCCACGAGGAAAGAAGAAAGACAUACAUAGAUUGCUUCCUUUGAAUGGUUUGCUCUGCUGAAUAUAUUUUUAAAAAUUAUCCUAGUCACCUGCAAAUUUGUAAUAUAGUUAUUCCUCUUUAGGAUUUGAAAAUGUUUUAAAACUAUAUGCUGGGUAAUUCUAAACAGCUGUAUAAAUAUUUGGUUGGCCAAAAAGUUCGUUUAGUUUUUUCCCCAUAAAAUAAAAGACAUAUUUUCCAUUUUCACUAAUAACUUUACUGAUUCGGAUAUUUUGAGUAUGUUGUCUGUCUCCUGUGUGAUAAAAUAUUGAUUGUUCUCAAUGUCUCGAUUUGAUUGCUAUCAACAUCAUCUGGUCUAUCCAACCAUGGAGCAAGAAAUCCAGGGAGAAAUCU